AUGGAUCGUUGGGUUGGUAAGAUUGCUGUUGUAACCGGGGCAAGCUCCGGCAUCGGAGCGGCCACUGCCAAAGAACUGGCCAAGGCAGGAAUGAUUGUUGUCGGAAUGGCCAGAAGGGUUCAGCUCAUCGAGGCUUUGAAGGAAGAUCUUCCGGCUGAAGCUGCAGCAAGAUUGCAUGCGAUUCGAUGUGAUGUAACCAAGGAAUCCGACAUACUGGCAGCUUUCGAAAUUAUUAGCACCAAAUUUGGCGGUGUUGACGUUAUGGUAAACAAUGCGGGAGUCGCUGAGCUUCCUUUAAAUUUAGGGGAAGGGAAUAGCGAAUCCUUGGCACGAACUUAUAAAACGAACGUUUUCGGAUUGCUGGUGGGAAGUCGCGAAGCAUACCAGUCAAUGAAGGCGCGAGGAGUUGAUGGUCAUAUCAUUCACAUGGGAAGCCUUUUGGGUCGUCAGGUUCCAGAUAUUCCGAAAUCAUCUCUUUACAGUCCCACUAAAUUUGCGGUGCGCGCCAUCACCGAAGCAAUGCAAUUAGAACUUCGUAAGGAAAAUUCUAAAAUCAGAGUGACGUGUGUAAGUCCGAGUCUGGUGCUAACGGCAAUAACAGAAGAAUUCGCAGGAUUUGGACCGUUCUUGGAGCCGAUUGAUAUAGCCCAGGCUGUCAUACAUGUCUUGAAGUGUCCACCCAAUGUUCGAGUGCAGGAGGUCGUGGUAAGAGCUACACAAGAUGUUCUUAAUUUAGCUUGA